AUGGCUGAUUGUCCUUAUGACUUUUGUUCUGACUGUUCAGACUGCGAUAAAAUGCAGUGUGGUGAAAACUUCGAUCCUAACGCUGGUAAUUGUUGUGCUUGUUUUGGUAAAAAAAGUGGUGAUCCUAAUCUAAAAAGAAAACCAUUAACUUUUACUCAAAAACAAAGAUUGCACUUUGAACAGAUUAAAAGACAAAUGGAGGACUUAAUUGAGGAAAUUAAAGAUAAAGAGGAUAUCGAUGGAGGAACUUUUGAUGGAGAUAAUCGGGAAGAUUUUGAAAAGAAGAUAAAAGAUGACAAGAACGCCGAUUUUAUCAAAUUUUUUAAGGAUAAUUUAAGCGAGUUUGCGGCCGAUAGUCCGACGGGCGGACGAGCCUAUUAUGAUGAUUUUAGCCAUCAAACUAAACGAACGGCUAUUCGCGAAGAGAUAACUAGUUUGGAUUUGAGCGAAAGCGGAAUAGUCAACGCCACUAAAAAGGACAAAGCCUCUUCUUUAUAUGGUUCUACUGGUAAAAAUUAUAUUGGCUUGCAAGGAGAUUUGGAUUUGUCGGAUUUUACUAAAUUGAAAGAAUUAAAUCUGUCGGGUAAUUAUCAAUUAGGAAAAGUAAAUAUUAGUAAAUGUUUGGCCUUGGAAAAAUUAUUUAUUAUUUCUAACCCGCAUCAAGUUAUUAAUCAAAGCCAACAAAUGGAAAUGAGUAAUUUAGUGGUGGCUAAUGAUUAUCCAUCUUUUCAAGUAUUAGUAAAGUUUGGUUCUCGUAGUGAUAAUGCCGUAGAAAAUAAAUUAGUAAAAGUUAACUCUCCUAAUUUUCGGUUAGUGGUUAAGAGUUCAAAAAAUGAUCGCUUAUGGCAAUUGGAUUAUAUUAGUCGGUUUAUUACCGAGAGGCGGGAUAAUAGUGGUAAUAUUACUCGUAGUUGA